AGGCGUCCUGCGCACUGUAGCCAGAAAGAUAUCGGUGACUUCAAAUAUCCCCAGCUAAUCCUUGAGCUAGCCAUUAUCCCUCCAUGCUGUCCGGGAAAGAAAGAUAACAGUAAUAACCCUGCACUGCCACCUCAAUUAGCUACCGUGCAAGACAGAUAAGGGGAACUGCGUUUUGCGUAAAGAGUCUACCUUUGAGGCAGAAUCAGUUUUUUGGUUUUGGAUAUUAGGAAUCCAGCUGUAACCUCGACUAACGUUACUUCUUGUGAGGAUGAGGUUGCCGAGUAACAGACAAUGUGCGAUGGAAGCAGAUGGAAAGAAGAUGGACCAAGCUCCUCCGUUCAGAAACCCUUUUGUGCACGUCCUGAAAUUCACCCCUCUGGAAAAGGCAAAGAUUGCAUUAAUGACAGUCACACUGUUCCCCAUCCGUCUACUCAUAGCUGCAUUCAUGAUGCUUCUGGCUUGGCCUUUUGCCUUCCUGGCCUCAGUAGGGCGCUCGGAGACUACCGUUGAACCCCAGUGCCUCUGGCGGAGACUGGUGGACAUAAUUCUGAAGAUCAUCAUGCGGGUCAUGUGGUUUGCGGGAGGUUUCCAUUGGAUGACUGUGAAAGGGCGAAGGGCACUUCCAGCAGAAGCACCCAUCCUCACCCUGGCACCCCACUCUUCAUACUUUGAUGCCAUCCCUGUCACGAUGACAAUGGCCUCAAUUGUCAUGAAGGCUGAGAGCAAGGACAUACCUCUUUGGGGCACUUUGAUAAAGUACAUCAGGCCAGUGUUUGUAUCACGGUCAGACCAGGACUCCAGAAAGAAGACUGUGGAGGAGAUCAAACGCAGAGCCCACUCUGGAGGGGAGUGGCCUCAGAUCAUGAUUUUUCCAGAGGGAACAUGCACCAAUAGAUCCUGCCUAAUCACCUUUAAGCCAGGGGCCUUCAUCCCAGCUGUACCAGUGCAACCUGUAGUGAUUCGUUACCCGAAUAAACUGGACACAAUCACAUGGACGUGGCAAGGGCCAGGAGCGUUUGAAAUCCUGUGGCUGACACUCUGCCAGUUGCACAACGAGUUCGUGAUCGAGUUCCUUCCUGUCUACACGCCCUCAGAGGAGGAGAAAAGGAAUCCUGCUCUCUUUGCUAUCAACGUGAGGCGUGUCAUGGCUAAGGCCCUGGGGGUACCCAUCACGGACUAUUCAUUUGAAGACUGCCAGCUGGCCAUGGCAGAAGGCCAACUGAGACUGCCAGUCGACACCUGUCUGCUGGAGUAUGCCAAGCUCGUCAGGAGACUGGGGCUGAAACCCAAGAACACUGAGAAGGUUCUGCAGGAGUAUGGGAACAGAGCCAGGAAGCUGGAGGGACAGAAGCUGGCCUUGGACGACUUUGCUCAGUUCCUCGAUGUGCCAGUUUCAGACAUGCUGCGAGACAUGUUCGCUCUUUUUGAUGAGCAUGAAGAUAACUGCAUGGAUAUCAGAGAAUAUGUGAUAGCCUUAUCUGUCGUAUGCAGACCUGCCAAAACUCUGGAAACGAUGAAAUUGGCCUUCAAGAUGUUCGAGGCAGAGGAGGACGGUGCCAUCACAGAGAUGGAGCUGGCAGUUAUCCUGAAGACGGCUUUAGGAGUGACUCACCUCAGCGUGUCACGUCUGUUUACUGCCAUCGACACUGAAGACACAGGGAAGAUCACAUUUGACAAGUUCAGAAGCUUUGUGGAGCAGCACCCAGACUUUGCCGAGGACUACCUGUACGCAGAAAACGCAGGCUUCCACAGCGGUCCCUGCCCCCGUCACCAAACAAAGCCCAGCCUGUCCUCCCCAAACCUGCAAGGCACUGCCACCUCCAAAACAGCCAACGGUAUCUGCCCCGACUUCAGCCCCAAAGACCACGGCACAAUAGAUGGACUCCUCAAGAAACACAACUAAAAGGGUUUUUAAACAGGAGUGGGAGAAAAGUGACACCUCUCCUGGUGAGAGGGUGUUGUGUUGUGGGGCGAAGGGUAGUUAGUUACUUGUCUGGACAGUAAAGGGACUAUAUUUCAGUAACCACAACUACAACAAUGAAGAAGUUUACCCUUUUUUAUUAGUAUUGUGUCCAUGAAAGUUCUGAGGUUAUUUUCAGACAGUUUAUUUUGUUAUAAAUUCUUUUUUUUUUUUUUUUUUUUUUUUUUUUCAUAGCAAGGCUCGUCAAAAUGCCAAACAAUGGCUGUGUCAGAUACAAUGCUUGAAUACUUGAAGGGCAAGCACUUAAAAGAAUUCUUGGGGCAAAUGUUUAUUAAUUUUUUUUUUUUAUCUUUUCCCUCCAACAUAGUACUAACUGUGCAUGUUUUUAACACGAGGGAAGCAAGAAGAAACACAAUCCCUGGACAGUGAAGUCUCAUUUCUAGUGAAAUCAGUGUUCGAUUGUCUUUUUAUUUCUAACCUGUAUCUGUUUCCUCUCUUUAAUGGUAGCUGCCUUUUUAACUGAAAGUGCAGAAUGCAUGGGCUCAUGUUAUUUUGAGCAGUGUUGUGGAUUAUACAUCUAAAGAAGGAAGACCUGAGGGUACCAGUGACGAUUGUGUGACUGCUUGUGUUGAGCGACAGUAGCCACAUUUGAGGUAAACUCAGGUCUCUGUGGGCUGACGGUCAUAAUUGCUAUGAGCCUGUUUAUCUCUCUCUCUCUCUCUCUCUCUUGCACACACACACACACACACACAGUGAUACAUUUGAUUUAGCUCAGGGUUCAGUGACAAAAAUGAAAAAUUUUACUUGUAUGAUGUCAUCAUUUUUGACGCUCACUGGGUUAUGUGCAUGUCUUUGUUUUCUUGGGACAUCAGUACUCUUCUGCCCAGUCAUUCCUCAUUCACAACUUCACCCUUCUUUCAGGUCGGCAAAUUCAA